GGGGGACCCCCGGCCCGGGGAGCCGCCCCCGCCCCCGGCCCGGCUGCGCGGCUCGCGCCCCGCCGGGUCCCCACCUCCGUGCGGCCGGGCCCGCCCCCGCGCCCACCAUGUACGCCUUUGUGCGGUUCCUGGAGGACAACGUCUGCUACGCGCUGCCCGUGUCGUGCGUGCGCGACUUCAGCCCCCGCUCUCGUCUGGAUUUUGACAACCAGAAGGUGUACGCCGUGUACCGGGGCCCGGAGGAGCUGGGCGCCGGGCCUGAGAGCCCCCCGCGCGCCCCUCGCGACUGGGGUGCGCUGCUGCUGCACAAGGCCCAGAUCCUGGCGCUGGCAGAAGACAAAUCUGACCUUGAAAACAGUGUGAUGCAGAAGAAAAUAAAAAUCCCCAAACUCUCUCUCAAUCACAUAGAAGACGAUGGGGAGGUUAAAGAUUACGGGGAAGAAGAUUUACAGCUUAGACACAUCAAGGAUUGUCUGGGGAAAUAUUGAGCUGCAGUCCAAGGAAAAUCCCAGCUGCCCUUGCCUGAACUGAUUCUCGUUGUCCUACAGAGACCCGAGGGGCGGAAGCCAAGCGACGUGGCACACAAGAGCAUCGAGGCCGUGGUGGCCCGGCUGGAGAAGCAGAACGGCCUGAGCCUGGGCCACAGCACAUGCCCAGAGGAGGUCUUCGUGGAGGCCUCGCCGGGCACGGAGGACAUGGACAGCCUGGAGGAUGCCGCGGUGCCCCGGGCUCUGUAUGAGGAGCUGCUGCGCAACUACCAGCAGCAGCAGGAGGAGAUGCGCCACGUGCAGCAGGAGCUGGAGCGGACUCGCAGGCAGCUGGUGCAGCAGGCCAAGAAGCUCAAGGAGUACGGGGCGCUCGUGUCCGAAAUGAAGGAGCUCCGCGACCUCAACCGCAGGCUCCAGGACGUGCUGCUCCUGAGGCUCGGCAGCGGUCCCGCCAUUGACUUGGAAAAAGUAAAGUCAGAAUGUCUCGAGCCCGAGCCGGAGUUACGGAGCACUUUCAGUGAGGAAGCAAAUACGUCGUCCUAUUACCCCGCUCCUGCACCUGUCAUGGACAAGUAUAUCCUAGACAAUGGCAAGGUCCAUCUGGGAAGCGGGAUCUGGGUUGACGAGGAGAAAUGGCACCAGCUACAAGUAACCCAGGGAGACUCCAAGUACACGAAGAACUUGGCAGUCAUGAUUUGGGGAACAGAUGUUCUGAAGAACAGAAGCGUCACAGGAGUUGCCACAAAAAAAAAGAAAGAUGCUGUCCCUAAGCCGCCCCUCUCGCCUCACAAACUAAGCAUCGUCCGAGAGUGUUUAUACGACAGAAUAGCACAAGAGACUGUGGACGAAACAGAAAUUGCACAGAGACUCUCCAAAGUCAACAAGUACAUCUGUGAGAAGAUCAUGGAUAUCAAUAAAUCCUGUAAAAAUGAAGAGCGAAGGGAAGCAAAAUACAAUUUGCAAUAAACUUUGGAUUUUUCAUAAAGCCUUCUCGUUUUCCUUGCGCGGCGUGUGAUUUGCGGGCCACGGCGCCGUCCGGAUCAGACCCAUCGCGCCCGGUGGCGCGUGGCAGGGAGCCAGUGGGGUUCCGGGGUCACGGCUUGUGCUGAACUUGGACCUCCCACUUCAAAGAAGGCAGAUGGAUGUGCUGAGCCUCGGGCAUGCCCGGCACCGGUGUUGUUCCGGGGAUGGGAAAACGUCUUUCCGGCGGGGGAUGGAGUAUCUCUGACCUGCCUGUCACUUGACCCAGAAUUCAAACUGAUAUUUUUACCAUUCAAGGACUUUUAUCUCUGUUUCUCUAUUUUGUUCUAUAAUAAAGCUCAUUAAUUCUUUGA